CCGUGGUUGGAUGGGGAGGGCGAAGACAAGGGAGCUUAAAACCCAGUUACAAACCCCUCCGCCAUUCAGCCUGUCUGACCGCCUACUCAACAGAGCCGCUAAGCAAACCUUUGAGCCGGUUUUCUUCUCCCCAGCCCCGCAGUCAGCUUACUCCUCACAACCGCAGCAGCGACAACAUGCGCGAAAUUGUGCAUCUUCAGGCCGGGCAGUGCGGGAACCAGAUUGGAGCGAAGUUCUGGGAGGUGAUCAGUGAUGAGCACGGUAUUGAUCCGACAGGAACCUACCAUGGGGACAGCGAUCUGCAGCUGGAUAGGAUCAAUGUCUACUAUAAUGAAGCGUCAGGUGGAAAAUACGUACCAAGGGCCAUCUUAGUGGAUCUGGAGCCAGGCACUAUGGACUCUGUCCGCUCUGGCCCUUUCGGACAGAUCUUCAGGCCAGACAACUUUGUCUUUGGCCAGAGUGGAGCUGGUAACAACUGGGCAAAGGGCCACUACACAGAGGGGGCCGAAUUGGUGGACUCCGUCAUGGAUGUUGUGAGGAAGGAGGCUGAGAGCUGCGACUGCCUCCAGGGCUUUCAGCUCACACAUUCCCUUGGUGGUGGGACCGGCUCCGGCAUGGGAACCCUGCUCAUCAGCAAGAUCCGUGAGGAGUACCCCGAUCGUAUCAUGAACACCUUCAGUGUGGUGCCUUCUCCCAAGGUGUCUGACACUGUGGUGGAGCCCUACAAUGCCACCCUCUCCGUGCACCAGCUGGUUGAGAACACUGACGAGACCUACUGCAUUGACAACGAGGCCCUAUAUGACAUCUGCUUCCGUACCCUCAAACUCACCACGCCCACUUACGGAGACCUCAACCAUCUGGUCUCGGCCACCAUGAGUGGGGUGACGACCUGCCUGCGGUUCCCCGGCCAGCUCAACGCCGACCUCCGCAAACUUGCCGUCAACAUGGUCCCCUUCCCCCGUCUGCACUUUUUCAUGCCAGGCUUCGCGCCGCUCACCAGCAGGGGCAGCCAGCAGUACAGAGCUCUCUCUGUGCCCGAACUCACACAGCAGAUGUUCGAUGCCAAGAACAUGAUGGCGGCUUGCGACCCGCGCCACGGCCGCUACCUGACCGUGGCCGCCGUCUUCCGAGGCCGCAUGUCCAUGAAGGAGGUGGACGAGCAGAUGCUGAAUGUGCAGAACAAAAACAGCAGCUACUUUGUGGAGUGGAUCCCCAACAACGUCAAGACAGCCGUUUGCGACAUCCCGCCCCGCGGGCUCAAAAUGGCCGCCACCUUCAUAGGCAACAGCACGGCCAUCCAGGAGCUGUUCAAGCGCAUCUCCGAGCAGUUCACUGCCAUGUUCCGCCGCAAGGCCUUCCUCCACUGGUACACCGGAGAGGGCAUGGAUGAGAUGGAGUUCACCGAGGCGGAGAGCAACAUGAACGACUUGGUGUCCGAGUACCAGCAGUACCAGGAUGCCACAGCCGAGGAGGGAGAGUUCGAGGAGGAAGGAGAGGAGGAAGUUGCCUGAGGCAAAAUUCGCUCAUCAUUUCUUAUCGGCACUCAUCCAUCCGUUUAUCCAAAUCCUACUCUGCUCUUUGCUUAUUUCUAGUUAGUACUUUCCUUCAUGCGUUGUCCUUUCCUUUCUCUCAUUCAUGUCAUCUCUUCCGUUUGUCGUCUUUCUUCUUCUGUCAGAGUAGGAUUCACACACUAAAGACAUAGUUGACCCUUGUAGACGUAACAAAGACCUGUGUGCGAGCGGUCUUUUGUCUAUAGCUUUUUGUUCAUUUUUCAUCAUCAUAUUCUUUCAUACUGGGCCCAGUUUGAAAACGUGUCCGAUAUAGCGUUGGUUGAAAUAAAUAUAUUGUAAAAGAA